CGUGAUGCUGAAGAAUGUCAAUGUGGAGCUGUGUCUUCCCUCUGCUGUUAUCAUCUUGUUUUAGAGACUCACAAUAAUGUCGACGUCAACACGAAACAACACAACGGAUCCACGUGGGCGGCACAUGACGAUGUGAUUGACAGGUACGGUCUGCAGUAAGGGUACUCGAUCUUUUUUUUUUUCUCUCGCGCUGCUUGAGGAGUUGAACACAUAUCCAGCUCACAAAUGUUCGAUCCCCCGGCGAAGGUCUAUGUAGACAACUGGGACAUCGCAGUGCUGGAGAGUUGAGUGUUAGCAUGAAGGGCCCCAGCUCCAGAUGGGCCUUCUCCCUGGGCUUCCUGGUGGGAGCCUGCAGCUUCUACUUCUUCCUUCACCAGGUGUGGUUUGAGAGGAGCUACCCUGUGCUGUCGGAGGCUCAGGAGAAAGGCACAACAGUCGGGGAGACACCAACCACCUGGAGGAAAGAGGGAGCCACUCUCUUCGGCCUGCUCCACCCUCAACAUGCAGAUGAAGACACCAGGGUGGCAGAUGUGUUGUACCAGAAGAUCCGUAUUCUCUGUUGGGUGAUGACAGGGCCGUAUAACUUGCAGAGCAGGGCUCACCAUGUCAGGGCCACCUGGAGUCGCCACUGCAACAUGGUGGUGUUCAUGAGCUCUGUGAAGGACACCGACUUUCCCACUGUGGGACUGGGCACUAAGGAGGGCCGUGACCAGCUCUACUGGAAAACUAUCCGAGCCUUCCAUUAUGUGUACGAGCACCAUGCGGAUGAAGCGGACUGGUUCUUAAAAGCGGACGAUGACACCUAUGUGGUGAUGGACAACCUGCGCUGGACUCUGUCCAACCACACCCCCGAGCAGCCCAUUUAUUUUGGUAAACGCUUCAAGCCUUACACCAAGCAAGGCUACAUGAGCGGAGGAGCAGGUUAUGUGCUCAGUAAAGAGGCCCUCCGGAGAUUCGUGGAAGGCUUUCGGACCAAGGUGUGCACACACACCACCCCUGUAGAAGACCUGGCACUCGGGCAGUGUUUGGAGAAGAUGGGCGUCGUGGCUGGCGACUCCAGAGAUACUUUGCACCGAGAAACUUUUCAUCCAUUUGUGCCAGAGCACCAUAUAACUGGCAAGUUCUCCAAGAGCUUCUGGUACUGGAGCUAUUGUUACUAUCCAAUAGUUGAGGGUCCACAGUGCUGCUCGGACCUGGCAGUAUCGUUCCAUUAUGUGGAAGCAGAGCUGAUGUACGCACUGGAGUAUUACACCUACCACCUGAGAGCGUACGGCUACAGGCCGCGCUAUCAGCCGUCGCUUCGCCGGGGUCUCAGCCUCGCUGCCCUCGCACAGCCCGCUGUGACGGCCGGAUUUAAAGGAGCUCACAAGGUGACAGAUGGAAGGAUUCACACGACUGCCGCCUUUUCUGACGGUGGCAACCAAACCAGAGGGAAGAUGGAGUCGGAAGAAGGGAGGAGAGACCCUGUGAACUCACACCUCACUGAGAACAGGACGGCACUCGCACACGACAGAAGACACUGAUCCUGUGUUUAACUCUGAAGUGUCUGAUUGAAUCCAGAGACUCCUGUUUCUGCUUUGACUCAGUGAUGUGGCUGAUAGAAGUCGUGACGGCUUCCACGACUGUGCCAGAGAGUGUAUCACCACAGCCAGUGUGACACUGUAAGCCCUUGGCACAGUCUUAUUCGGUGGCAGCUGCAAAUGGCUCAGCUAUUUUCAAAGAAGAUAAACACUCUGUUUAGCUUAAUUAAACCUGACAUGUUUGAGUUUCGACACGACACAGUCAUUGAUGUGUGCUGGGGGCGAUGCAGGAUAUUUUCAUCUGUUUCAUGUGUGGGCCAGUAACAGUGACGGAUGUCUGUAAUAAUUUUAUUUCAUUUGUUUUAAUUUCAUUAAUUGUUUUAAAGAUUCUGUUAACUGACAACAGCAGCGACAGCCUUCUAUGAACAUUUUGCUUUUCUAAUGUUAAAUCUGAUAUUCUGGUGUUUACUGUUCAGUUGUUCAAGUUUGAUUAACAAAUUAUUUUUAAAAAGAAGUUUGUUUGAUUUUUACUUUUUAAAUUUUAUUUUGUAUUUCCUUUUGAGUCCUCCGGGAACCGACAGUCAGCAGUGAUGUUUGUUUUGAACUGUGCUGUUUUUACUUUUUUUUUUUUUUCUUUUCCCUGCAGUGUGCACCUGAAACCCUGUUUGAGAACCCUGCAGCCUCUGAUGAACACAGUAUUAUACAAAACUCCAUAUAUUUCCUCUUGUCAAGUCAUUUUAUGCAACAUAGAAGUGACAGACAGCAGCGGAUGGGAUUGAAUGUGACUGCCUGCACUUGAGCCACGAUUUAAAGGAUCAACCAAAUCGCUGCAGAAAAAUGCAACCAUGAUUCACAUGAAUAAAUUCUGUAUAAAAAAAAUCUUUAUUUUUGAAAUUUGAGGAAACAGGAUGACAUGAUACAGAAAUUGCCACAGUUCAUAUCUGAUUGUUUGUUUUCCAGGUAAAUCAAAUAUAAUCGGUGUAGUUUAUG